UGAGUAAGCAAGCAAAAGACAGGGGAAUGGGGACAGGGUGAACCUUAAUAUAUUCAAUCCUAUUGUGUAGAGUCAAUGCAGUGUGCUGAAAUGGGACAAAUGCCGGAGAAAGAAGAGAAAGGGGGUGUAGAGGAGAAAGAAGACAAGAAGAGAAACACAUUCAACCGGUGGAUUCAUGAUAUACUCUGGACAUUUAUCUUCGUUCUCACUUCAGCAGGCUGCACGGAAUGUGGUGAAGAGACGCGACAUCUCUCUGUAUGUGGGUUAAAACCACACCAGACGCUCAAUGCUGACUGCCAAUCAGAGAACAUGGACCUGUUAAAGAAAAAACACACAUGCUGAGAAAAGCUCAACUGAAAACAGAAAAGGAAGAGGUGUGAUGUAUUUCUCUCUGAGCAGUCCAGCGGUUUGGAUCAGUGAUGUGUAAAAGUGUCAGCAUCAGGGCCACGACCCAACUGUGCGCCCUGCUCUUUGUGCCAAUAUGUCAAGCCUUUCUGCCCAACUUCUGGUCUCGUGUACUGACGUUAUCCUGGGACUCAUCCACACAUCAGUACAUGACCGAGCAGGCUAUACUUAACAUCACCACGGAAACCUUAAGCACAAUCAUGGAACAAGCACAAGGCGGAGAUAAAGAAGAGCUGCAUACCGGGCUUGGUCGGGGAUUUUGGCAUGCUGUGGGUGAGGUAGCAAGUGCCAAUGCUGCUAUGGACUUUCUGAGCUCCACGCGCUCUGAUCCCAUCUAUCACUUUGACUCGGAGCGGGUGGAAGGAGCCACAGAGAUGCUGCGUGACUUCUGGAGCCAGACGCUAUUGCUGACCAAAUCUAAAGAGUACCAGGGAGCCAGACGAAGCCUGGGCCAGCUCUUCCACUCACUACAAGACUUCUACAGUCAUAGUAACUGGGUGGAGAUGGGCAAGCGAGACUUUUACCUCCACCUGCUUCAUCCUGAAGAGUCUGCAGUACCUGUGGCCUCAGAGGACACUCCUACCUGUGCAGUGUGCUACAGGUUUAGUUGUUACAAUAAUCUUCUGGAAGAAAUGAUCCGGGGUGAGACCGAGCCACUGCUGACCACUGGCUAUUUCAGCGGCUUCCCAGAUAAACCAGCAGGCAAGUGUAGCCACGGUGGGAUUCUGGACAGCAGUCGUCACCACGGCGCUGAAGGAGGAAUCAACAAAGACAGCACGUCUCCUCUGUUCUCCCCUCAUCACUACCUCCAUAAAGAGGCGGCUCAUCUGGCUGCCACGGCAACCCUCAGAGUGCUGCAAGACCUCAGAGAGGAGGUGGGACCCAAAAGCUUCCUCAGUCUCUUCAGCGUACAGCAGCCUCCGGCACUCGUUUUCGUCAUGGACACCACUGGCAGUAUGUUUGAAGAGAUCACGGCCGCCCGUCUCCGUGCGUUCUCCAUCAUACAGGCCCGUGAAAGAAGCCGCAGAACCACUCUGCCCGGAACCUUCAUUCUGGUGCCCUUCCAUGACCCCGAUUUUGGACCAGUGAAGGAGACGGAUAAUCCUGACGAGUUCAUGCUGUACAUGGAGAAUCUAAUGGCUCUCGGUGGUGGAGAUGAACCAGAGAUGUGUCUCUCUGCUCUUCAGCUGGCUCUUACCCAUAGCCCUCCGCUGUCAGAGAUUUUCGUAUUCACAGACGCUUCCCCUAAAGAUCAUCACCUGCAGAGUGCCGUUCAGGCUCUCAUACUGGAGAAGCAGAUAAAGGUGAACUUUCUGCUCACUGAGGAUCCAAGUCUCACAUCAAGAGGAAGAUUGCUUAGAAAGAGAAAGAGAAGAGAAACGCUAUCUCCAGAUAGAUUCUCUCUGUAUUCUUCUCUGUCGUCUGUUUCUGGGGGAAUGACCAUCUUCACUACAAACAAAGACAUCCACAAAGUGUCAGCUAUUGUAGAAGACACUACCACCUCCAGUAAGGUGACUCUGCUUCACGUAGAGAGCGAGAUGGAUUCAUUAAAUUCCUUUCGAGUGGACGGAGCUGUGGAGAAUGUGAAGCUGCACAUCACUGGUCAGAUUAAACACUGUGAGCUCAUCAGCCCUUCAGGUUCUCGUCAGUUUCUUCCUGGUUCUGAUGGUCCGCUGGCGGAGCUGGAUUCAUCACAGGGUCUAUACAGAAUAUGCCUGCUCCCUCCACUGGAAACAGGUGUAUGGCAGCUUGUGAUGAGAGCCAUUGGACCAGUUUCCUUCAACGUUCAAGGUGACAGUAGCUUGGACUUUUUGUACUAUUUUGCAAAAGAGGCCAAUGAGACACAUCCUGGACUGAGUAAAGUAGAGGGCAGUCCUAUAGCAGGCACUGCAGUGUUUCUAGUGAUUGCAGUAACAGGCCUCUCACCCAAUGAGGACACCUCAUUCAGUCAUGUGACCCUAUUGGGGCCCAAGGGAGAGAGUUUACUCAAGGUGUUGCUGAACUCUUCAUCUUCUCACUGGUCUGAAGAGGAGCUGGUGGGUCACAUGGUCUCAGUACCCAGAAUGCCUUUCAGUUUACGUCUUACUGGAUCUGAUAGAAAGGGAAACCUCCUGGAAAGAGUUUCUUCUAAGAUGACUCAACCGACACACGUGCAGAUACAGGUUCUCUCUGCUCCAAACCUUCUGCCUGGUCACAGCUCUACGGUGAUGUUUGAGAUAUCCAAUCACGGCCCCGACCGUCACUUUGUUCUUUCAGCAGAAGAUGACUAUGGGUACCUCUCCCACACCGAGCAACACAGAAAUAAGCUGUUUAUUGCUGAGAGAAGCUCUGUGAAGAGGGAGAUUGAACUGAAUACUCCUCACAACGCUGAAACAAAACGACUCAUCACUCUGACGCUGACUGUCCAUGCUGAAGAUUCACCAGACUCAAACUAUGCUGUGGUGUAUCUGACCGUCAUACCCGAGGAACGAGACACAAGCCCUCCGGCAUGUUCUGCCCUGCGUGUGGAGUCUGCCUGUCCCGGCGUCUGCUCUCAGGGCAGCUGGAAUGUUUCCCUCAUGGCCAGAGACAGAGGUCAUUCUGGACUGGCAUCUGUGCAGCUGGCACAAGGUGAAGGUAUCCUCACCCUGUCUCAAGUGACUACGGAGAGAAACAGAAACCAUUUCCCACAGCUUCAUGAGGAAACCACAGGGGUUGGUCAUCUCAAGUUUAACAAGAGUCAGCCUUUCGAAACAGAAGCUGGACACGAAUCUCAAAGACGCAUCCAGUUAGUGAAUGGAGAAGCACCUACAAAAAUCAGUGAAGGGUCCGAGGGAAAGCCCAUCAUGAUGUUUUACUCCUCAGGAUGCUGUGCUCCGCAGGCCGAGCUGGUGUUGUUGGAUAGAGCGGGAAAUAUGAGACGCUGCCAUCUCAUAGCCAGCCAACAGAGGGCGCUAAGAGAAAAGAACAAUGCACGCAGUGAGAUGUCUCAACCGCUGUUAGUUCUCAGGUUAUAUCCUCACUUGAUAUUGAGUGUUCUUCACAUCCUUCAAUUGCUGUAACAAUAUACUGUAUUAGUAUUACAACAUUAGGUACUAAAAACUGUAUCAAUAGCCACUGUAAAGCUAGACAAAUCACUCAGGGCUGGUUUAUUCUGUGAAUUGCUCAUAUUUGUCUGAUAUUAUCAGAAUGAUGACCAUAAUGCUCUUUGUUUUUUUUUAGAAUUGAUAACAUACUGCACAGAGUGGUGUGUGUGUGUGUGACCGAUCUGUUAUUCUACAACUUGCAAAUUGACGGCACUGUUUUACCUCUUGAAUGCACAGUCAAAAGAAUGCAAGUCAAAAGUUUGAAAAUGCUUGACUGAAAGGUUUCUAAUGGUCUUAAAAAUCUUAAUCAAAAGUUGUAUGCUUAAAUGUCUGAAAUUACUUUUGUAGACAUUUCAUUACAAACAAAAGUUUUGAAUGUUUAUUUUUUUAAUGGAUGACAAGAAAAUCAGCCAAUAUAACUUGGGAGCUCCUUCUUUGCUCUUUAAACGAGCUGGAUGUAAUCAUUUUACUGUACUUAAAAAAAUGCUAUAAUAUGUUCGUAGAUAUUCGGCAAACAUGUUAAGUUCAGAUUCAUGUUUCUUUGGAAAACAGUGCUACAGCCAGUUUUUCUCAUUUGAAAUGUGUUCCGUGUUGGGAUGUCCGUUUUUGUCCGUCCAGAUUCCAGUAGUGUAUUUCGAUUGUUCGGUUGCCACUUUGCAACAAUGACAGCAUAUUGCAACCAUGAAAGCAAAAAAUAAAAAGGUCUGGGUGAGAGAACCUCCCCAAAAAGCCAAGACAUCCAUCAAAAAACUUUAUGACAAAAAACAAUAAAAACAAGCUUAAUAUUGGAGGUGAGUUUAAGAGGUUUUCCUGCUUGACAGGUGCAGUACUACACUGUAUUAAUGUUCAAAUAAAUAGCAAGUGUUCCUGUGGCUCAGUAGUAGAGCAUUGCUUCAGCAGCGCAAACGUUUGUGAUAUUGUUUCCCAGGAAACACACACACUGAUAAAUGUAUAGCUUGAAUGUGUUGUAAGUCGCUUUGGAUAAAAGCAUCUGCCAAAUGCGUAAAGGUAAAAUGAUGAAGGUUGGGCUACAUGAUAUAUCCUAAAAAGUGGGUCGUGGCUUAAUGACCAUGUGAAAAUGUGGGUCCCAGGACCAAACCAGUUUAGAACCACAGCUCUAAAGCAACAGCGUUUUUGUGUUAUUGCAACAGCAGAGUUAUUGCGAGGUAUUUUCAGUUCAUAUAAUCCAUAUAUCCUUUGUCUCAACGGCUAUCGUGGCCCACGGUUGCUUAGCGACGACAGACGCCAGGAGAGCGCAAAGUCCAGACGCUUUGGAAAAAAAGGAGAACGCAGUGCAGCUCGCGUUUUCCGCGCGGUUUUAGACGCGAAAUGUGAAUCGAGCCUUAUUCUAUGAGACAAUUUUAAGAGUUGUAAAAUACAUUAGUAAACAUUCUUUACAUUUAUAAAACAUUGUAUACAUAUACAGUAGCGGUGUUAACCACCACGCACAUGUGUAGUUUUAUAUAGUCUAGUGGCAAGCAGUUAAAUCAUUGAUGCUUUUGACGCCUGAUCGGCCUGCGUGCGCUGCGCCGAAUAAGUCAAAGGCACCUAAUAACAGUCUGACUCGGUUGAAAAAUCAAUCAAAACUAAUUCAGCUAGGAGGAGGGUUACCCGCGCUUUGAAGCUCAGCCAUUUCAUUUACACGAACAACUUACUGAUUUUUAACUCCUGUUUCAUACCGCACGCGUAAGCAGUGCGUAGGCAGAGCAGCGUGUAGGGAAAAUAUAGACAUGGCGGCGAAAUGAUCGCUGCACUGUAUGGGGUGUGAUAACUGAACUUUUUGUGGAUAGCUUUGUAUGAGAUGUCCUUCGUGCAAUUUCUGCCACUCACUAAGCAAGUGGCAGAUUACUUUUCCUUACAUGAUUCUGAAACUCUUUGGAAGCUUCUAUGAGAUACUGAAGGGGAGAAUGGGGUAGUCAGCAUUGAACUGAUCAGUAUUCAUUUUGCUCCUUUUUUGUCUUUUGUUUGGCCACCUCAAGUUUAAGAAAUGUCAGGUGGUGCUAUGUAUUUGUAUUAUAUGUAUUGUUUUCAGAUUUCGUAAAUGGUACAUUUGUUUUAUCCAUUUGUUCUUGCACUUCAAUUAAAAUGGAAUU